AUGGGGGAACCAGAGGGCUCUCGUAUGGAGACUCUGGUAGGAAAUGAACUCUGCUUUCCACAGUUCCCAAACAUCUCUUGCAAAAGGACGUUUGACCACGGUGGUCCAGCUGUAUUCCUGUAUGUCACACUGACCUGCAUCUCUUUGCUCACCGUGAUGCUCAAUCUGCUCGUCAUCAUCUCUAUCUCCCACUUCAGGCAGCUCCAGAACUCCACCAACCUCCUCCUCCUCUCUCUGGCUGUUUCAGACUUCUUUGUUGGCCUCCUGCUGCUGCCGGGUCAAAUGGUUAUGAUAAGUGGCUGCUGGUUUUUGGGGACCUUCAUUUGUAGUGCGUUUUACUUUGCAUCCUUAAGUCUGACAUCUGCCUCAGUGGGAACCAUGGUGCUCAUAUCAGUUGACCGAUAUGUGGCCAUUUGUGACCCUUUGUCUUACCCAACUAAAGUCACUGAGAAACGAGUCAAAAUAAGUGUCUCUCUGUGUUGGGCCUGCUCUGUCUUCUAUAAUGGUGUGAUAAUGAAUGUCUUCCUGAGCGAUGGAGAUCAAUUUAAUACCUGCUAUGGAGACUGUGUAUUUCUAAUGGGCCAAAUAACAGGAGUUGUUGAUGUUGCUGUGACCUUUGUUGGGCCGAUUGCUGUCAUUGUAGUUCUGUAUAUGAAAGUAUUUGUGGUGGCUGUGGCUCAAGCUCAAGCCAUGAGGUCUCACAUUACUGCUGUCACAGUCCAGGGCUCAGGUGCUGUCACGGCUAAAAAAUCUGAGAGAAAAGCAGCCAGAAUUCUUGGUAUUGUUGUGGUUGUGUUCGUGAUAUGUUUCUGUCCAUAUUUUUCUGCCUCUUUCAUUGUCAGUUCAUUCUCUGUGUAUGUUUCUUUUUUUGGGGUCUUGGUCCUUUAUUUUAACUCCUGCAUCAAUCCAAUCAUCUAUGCUUCUUUCUAUCCCUGGUUUAGGAGAUCUAUCAAACUCAUUGUUACACUUAAGAUAUUGCAGCAUGACUCCUGUGAUACACACAUACUACAGAAAUGUUAA